AUGCUCACCGCUUCGCUGCUGAAGACCGACAGCAAGCCUACGAGCCUCAGCAGCCACCGGGCGCAGAUGAGGCAGGCCCACGAGCAGCUGAGCCAGAGGACGGCGGCGUGGGCGGCGUCGGCCAGGAGGCCGGAGGACUCCAUGGCCAUUAGCCUGGACGGCAAGGUCAUAGGCUCCGUGGACGUCCUCCCCACCACGUCGCUGGCAGGGCUGCGAGCGCUGCUCGGCGAGAGAUUCCCGAAGCUCCCCGGCCUGCCCGACGCCUACCUGUUCCUGGCCGCCGACGGCAACCCGAUCCCCCAGGACCAGGAGGACAACAUGCCGUCCCUGGCGUUCCUGCCGGAGGUGAAGAUCACUCCGGAGGAGAUGAAGAGAAAGCGCAGAAACAGAGAGCCCGAGGCCGAGGAGAAGAAGGAGCCGGAGAAGCCCGCCGCGAGAAGCGGCGCCUCCGCGGGGCAGUCGGUCCGGGACCACAGGGACCGCGACGCCAGGAGAGCCGGCAGCCCCCCGCGGGGCCCGAGGGCCUCCGAGGUGCUGCGGGGGAGCCCGCCGAG